CUCAUUCCAUCCCUUCUCCUCAAAGGUCCACAUUGAAUCUUGGAUCCGGGAUCCCAACCGAUCUUUAUAUUUUCCCAGCCAUUAAACACGGCGGUUUACUUUUACGCAAACUACGGUACCUACCUACGCAGAUACGGUAAUAAGUUCGCCAUGUCCAAUUCAUCUUCAGGCAACAGUAUCAGUUCCACGUCCACCACCAAGACUGAAAAGUCUAAUGGCGGUCAAGUGAACGGCUCCGCUUCAGCCGAAGCAGAGAUGGCUAAGGCAUUCAGAGAGCUUGCUAGAGGUGAACAGCAAGCGACGGCUCUAGAAGCGAGCCUUACGAGCUUAGAGGAUAAACUUGAUGCUCUACUAGCAUCGAUCGAAGAUGGGUCUACCUCGUCCGACGCAAGCCAAGAGAAGAAGGCCGAUCACACUCAACAAGAACCGGAAUCGAAAAAAUAAUGUAUUAUGUAUCUGCAUUUAUCGAACCAUCUGCGUUUAAUCAAGCGAAGGCGUCCGGUCUAGAGUUACUUGCGAUCGAGAUAAAUGACUACCAUCGCAGGUUAAAGGAGCUCCUCACCUGCAAUACACCCCCCAGUCGCAGCCAUCUAAUUUUCGCCACCACAUCUGUAUUAUACAUUAACCUGCAUCGAAUCUCAUAGAGUAUUCCAAAAGGU